AUGCUCAAGGUUGCCACCUCUCGUGGCCAUGCGCUGGUGUGUCUCGAUGCACGACGGCGGACAGAGCUCAAGGUAGUCGAACACCGGGGCAACCAGGAACAGGAGCACCUAUACGAUCGUGGACUGCGGAAUAGUCAAGACCUUCGUUCACUUUUUCAUAAUCUUGUUGGGUUCGAGACUAUAAUAGGGACCUUUGAGGGAUAUCAAACCAUGACGGCAAAUAUGAACACACCCGGUCUUAACCCGCGUAAGGAGGUUCCUUUCAGUUUUAUAUUCAAAGGUCCCCCUGGUAGCGGGAAGACCACGACAGCUCGUGCCUUAGGCAAGAUGUACUACUCAAUGGGCUUUCUCUGCACUACGGAAAUAAUGGAUUGCUCGGUCACCGACCUGAUCGGGACGUAUGUGGGUCAGACUGGGCCAAAGGUAAAGAACUUGCUAGAAGAGGCUCUGGGUAAAGUGCUCUUCAUCGACGAGGCAUACCGCUUGGGGAUACUUAGAGAUGCCUUUACUCGGGAGGCUGUUGGCGAACUGGUUGACUGCAUGACCAAGGAGCGAUAUAUGAACAAGUUGGUGAUCGUUCUGGCUGGAUAUGAACGCUCUAUGGACCAACUCCUGAGCACUAAUGAAGGAUUACGCAGCCGCUUCACGGAGAUAGUAUUCCCCAGAUUGCGACCCAAGGACUGCCUGCGCCUUCUUCAGGCAAAGCUCCUUGAUAAAAAGAUCAACAUUCUUCGUCCCAGGGCAGUGCACGUACAACAAAGGGUCCUAGUACUGUUUAAGAAAUUAGGGGAAACGGCAUCAUGGGCGGACGCGCGAGAUGUCGGAGCCAUUGCAAAAGAGAUCACUCUGCAGUUGUUCAUGAACCCAUUACCAGCCGGGCAGCCGAUGGAAAUCACGCUGGAAGAGAUCGCACGAAUAUUGAAAAGGUUUUAUCGAGACCGCAGGUCAAAGAAGGAGGAAGAGGAGGGCGGUGAUUCUUCUGAGUCCUGA